UGAUGACUAUAUUUGAUUUACAUUUGAUUAUGUUAUUCUUCUUGCAAUCGCUCAGACCGUAGAAUGACAUUUAAAAUGUACAAGUCUAUAACGGGUUACAUUGAUUCAAAGAUUGCUUAUAGAGGGGCACGGAUUAGAUUCCCAUUGUCAAUUCUACUCCUCAUUGCUGUCGUGCUUAGUUUGCAGCUUAUCAUUCUUCCCCGAUACAUAUAUCAAGUAUCUCCAGCAGCUGCAAGGCUUUCAGAUCAUUACAUAUCUCAGAUCGGGAUAGGACUUUCGAAAUGUCUAGAUCUAAAUACGCUGCCCAGAGAAUAUUCUCAUUCGGAAAUCUCAUCGCGUGAGAAUCCCCGAUGGAACGCAAUUCGUGGUCAAAAUCAGACUGUAGUCUUGAGAAAUGCAACUCUGUUUGACGGCAAAGUCCUUCUUACUGAUUUCGUCGAUAUUGAAUUUGAGAAAGGACGUAUUAAGUCUGUAUCAGCAGCAACCAAGUCUGCCGAUUGUGAUCCGAAUGUUCAAAGUAUCGACCUCAAAGGUAAAUACGUUACUCCCGGUCUGGUUGACAUGCAUUCACAUCAUUUUUUGCAUGCUUGGCCUGAACUUUCAGUUACAGCCGAUGAGAAUGAGGUUCACAUGGGUCCUCUUACCCCCUUUGUUCGUGCAAUUGAUUCCAUUAAGACGGAUGAUAAGGCAACUGCCAUCAUUGCUUCGGGUGGCGUUACAACUUCCCUUCUUAUUCCUGGCUCAGCAAAUAUCAUUGGUGGUGAAGGGAUUCUCGUGAAAAACUUUGUGCCUGGGGGUGAAACUGGUGAAGAAGUUGUUGAGAAUGUCUUGCUUGAACAUGGUAUACCCACAAAGGAGAGGAGGAGGUACAUGAAAAUGGCGUGCGGCGAGAACCCUACGACUGUCUAUGAUCACAAUCGUAUGGGCAAUGCUUGGUUGUUUCGAAAACAGAUGACGCGAGGAAAGGAACUAAUUGAAAAACAAGAUGAUUGGUGCUUAUCAGCUGCUGCGGUGCGGGAGAGUAGAAAUUUUGCGACUAUUGCAAGCUUCAUGAAGGGUGGAGGUUUUCCCGAAGAUUUGGAAUUGGAAUCUACGGCAGCCAUGUUGCGAGGAAAAGUUGGAAUCAACAUACACUGUUACGAACCUGAGGACCUUGAAGAUAUGCUUCACCACAGCAAGGAAUUUGGAUUUCGAAUUCAAGCAUUUCAUCACGCUCUUGCAGCCUGGAAAGUGCCAGAGUUAAUCAAGAGUAGUGGAGAGUAAGUUAUGGAAACAGUUUUUGGACGUCUAAGUUCUCAUUUUACAUUAGAAACAUCACUAUUGCCACAUUUUCCGAGUUUGGAUUUUACAAAAAGGAGGCGUACGAUGCCAAUUUAUGGGCUGGCAGUAUUCUAGCUGAGAACGGUGUUCCAGUUGCAUAUAAAUCCGUUUGAUUCCCUUUCCAAUGGAACACACUAAAGCUAACAUUCCACAGGAUCACGUUUUUGAGAUAACUAAUGCGCAAUACUUGAUGUAUACUUCCUUGUUUGUUUUUGGUCUGUAACUCUUACUAAUAAACGGAUAAUCAGGUUCCAAGCAGCGACUGCACAUGCCUUUAAUCUUUCUGAAGCUCUUGCUUUGCAGUCUGUAACCAGUGUACCUGCCAAGUCGUUAGGAAUCGAUUAUCGAGUUGGAUACGUUCGUCCUGGCUAUGAUGCGGACAUUGUAGUGUGGGAUUCCCAUCCCCUUCUCGCUGGAGCUACACCUACACAAGUUUAUAUUGAUGGGAAAGCUAUUUUGGACCCGACUAAGGUCGAGGAAAGUGCAACGCGCAAUUCUGCCAAAGAAGAACGAUUGUUAGUAAAGCCGAAAUCACGGACAUCCCCUACCGGUAUAUCGAAGGGCAUUACAUGCAGCAAAUUAAACAACUCGGAUGAAAAUAUCAUUGUUACUGGCAUCAGGAGAAGCUAUCUGAUGUUUAAUCAGGAGAUUUCAUUAGACUCGAGCAACCUCACAAUGAUAAUGAGUAACGGAAAGAUUAUCUGUUUGGACUCAAUGCAGCAAUGCGGUACCCUGCUUGGUGAAGGUGGUACUAUCAUUGCCCUCCAGGAAGGCACUGUAAUGCCAGGGCUCACUGCGUACUCACCGAGUCUAGGGUUGGCAGAAAUCCUCGGAGCUUCUGAAACCUCAGAUGGCUCCCUCGGCGAAACCUCAGCUUUGCUAGAGCCAGAAAAUAUUAUUCACGCGAAGUAUGGGAUUCACCUGGAUGGACGCGGGUUUUCCAGGGCAAGACUUGGUGGUGUUACCCAGGUAAUUACAGCGCCAAUCUCUAAGUCUUUCUCUGGUGGUGUAAGUACCGGUAUCAAAACGAGUGGUAAACACAAUAUCCUUGAUGGCGGUAUUUUCCAGGAUGAUGUUGCUUUGCAUUUUGCAGUGGGUCAAAUGGCCAAGCGUGAGUCCAUCUCCGAGAUACCCUGCACAGUCAUACUAAAACAUACAUGUAGGAUUUGAGUCCAUACCAACAGUGUCUUCUGCCAUAGCAAAAUUUCAACGAAUUUUACUCGUUAAUGUUGGGAAGAACAACGUUUAUGGAAGGGUUGCGAAUGGAACAUUUCCCGUGGUGGUACAUGUUGAUAGUGAAGUUAGCUUGUCUCAUUUCUACUUGUAUCUCGUGGCACUAAUAUAAAAUCACAGUACGAUAUUCUUCAACUCAUCAAACUGAAGAACGACCAUCCAUUACCUCUUAACCUGGUUCUUCUAGGCGGAGCGGGUGCUCAUCUCGUAGCUGAAGAAAUUGCGAAAUCCAAAACACCGCUCAUCCUGACCAGAAAUCGUGGCGCCCCCGAUACAUACGAAAAGCGGAAUGCACUCUCCGGUCCUCCACUGACACGCUCUCCUGCCGCAGUCCUUGCCGAUGCUGGCGUAUUUUUUGCAUUAGCAAUUGAAGGUGAAGGCAGUAAGUUUGCCAACUUCGUCUCUUGUAUUUCUUUCAUAAACUGCAGACGAUCUAACCAAAUCCCCAGGCGAAUCACACAUCCACAACCUCGCGAUCGAAGCAGGCUGGGCCGCUAAAUACUCCAGUCUCGGGAAACGUGAAGCUGUGGAUUUAGUUUCUCGAAAUGUUGAGAAAAUUCUAGAUUUGAAGGUUACUGAAGAAAGUAGAGAUUUUGUGGUUUGGGAGGGAGAUCCGCUACAAUUGGGGGCAAGUGUUGUAUUUAGUAUGGAGGGCGGAAAGUUGGGAACGUGUUGGCCAAUGUCGAAUUGAUGCCUAGUAGUUUCCACUGAUUUUUCGACCAGUAAGACCCGGUUUAUAUGGUUUACGGAUAUCCCUUGUCAUCAAAUAGUAUAAUCAAUGCUUCUUUAUUGGAAGCAAAAAUACAGUUUGGCGACCACCAUUUGACUUAAUAGCCCCGA